AUGACAGGUAUAAGCGACGGCGCUGCUGAAAAUGUAGAAACAGGAAGAGGAGUGCCGGUCUACCCAAAGAAGGCGCCUUCCAAGCUCAAAAAGAACCCGUUGGAGCCUCUCCUCCUUCUCCCGUUCCGCCAAGUCCACGCUCUGCGAAACGCACAGCAACUCGUCUUUCUAGUGUUGCGGGCACUGGCACCCGCUGAACGCGUGGAACAUACACUUGGAGUGCCCGCUGUCACCGAGUCCGAGUACCGCUUGCUUGCGUAUAUGUCAAAGGUGGUUCGCGCACUGUUGCGCCCGCGUCCUCUGAUCCUCGUUUUGAGUGUGCUAUCGAAUGUACCCCGCACUGGCUCGAGCACGACGCUGAAGGAGCAUACCAACGGGAGAAGAACAUAUCUGAUCACCCAUUUCGCGGCCCAAAGACGCGACCCAUUCGUUCUGCGUCGUCGGCUGCCUAUUCUCUCGGAGAAGAACCAGCUGAAUCUAAGCGCGUUCCCUCCGACGCGUGCUCUCCCUCUCCCAUCCCGCAACGUAUAUCCCAUUACAACAAAUCAAAUCGCCGCUCUCUGA